UGUGGUCUCUUCGAUGGGGAAUGGGUCCCUGACUCGUCUGGCCCAGCUUACACUAAUGCAAGCUGCCGCUUCAUUGAGGCUCCACAGAACUGCAUGACCAAUGGGAAGCCUGAUGAUGGUUAUCUCUACUGGAAAUGGAAGCCUUAUGGCUGCGACGUGCUACCACCGUUUGAGGGCAAGACGUUUCUGGAGGGCCUGAGGGGCAAGCACUGGGCACUUGUUGGCGAUUCGAUUCUCCGCAAUCACGUCCAGUCCUUGCUCUGCCUUCUUUCUAAGGUUGAAGAUCCUACUGUCGUCUAUCACGAUGAAACUUGGAGAUCCAGGAGGUGGCACUUCCCGUUGCACAAUUUCACACUCUCUCUCGUCUGGGCGCCGUUUCUGGCCAAGGCUGAAAUUUCCGAGGAUGAGAAUGGGAUAUCGUCAUCCGAGAACCGGCUGCACCUUGACGUUCUCGACGCAAAUUGGAUAAGCCAAUGGAACGGCUUUGACUACGUCAUCAUAUCGGCGGGGCAAUGGUUCUUGAAACCCGCAGUCUACCUGGAGAAUGGAGCUGCGAUUGGGUGCCACAAUUGCCAGGAUAAGAGCCAAAAGGAAAUAGCCGUGGAGCAUUCGUUCCGCCGGUCUCUCGCCAAGGUCUUAGAGUUCAUCACAACGUCGUCCCACAAACCGGUGGUCUUAUACCGGACGUGGUCGCCGUCUCACUUUGAGAAGGGUGAGUGGUUCAGUGGCGGCACCUGCGACAGGAAGGUGCCAUUCAAGCCACGGCAAACCGGCGAUAGGCAGUUCGACAGAGUUAUGUGGAGGAUCGAAAGAGCGGAGUUCGCCAAAGCGGCUGCAGACGACGGGCCGGGCAACCCUGGCCGUCUCAAGCUGCUCGACAUGUUUGAGCUCUCGCUGCAGAGGCCUGACGCCCACGCAGGGCCUUACAAAACAUACCAACCUUUCCAGACGGGGAGCACGGGUGGAGUCCAGAAUGACUGCCUGCACUGGUGCUUGCCCGGAGGACCGGUCGAGGCAUGGAACGAUAUCUUGAUGCAGAUGCUGCUAGAGGACGGAGCUCUCCUCGUGGGGGAGCAUGCAUAUGAUCAGGCCAUCUAGUUUUCAAAUAACUGUGGACCGUUCGCCAUGUCCGGCCAGUAGGCUUUACGCGCGCUCUCGGGCAGUGCAUUGGAUACUUGGACAUCA